AUGCUUUCUUUCAUUCCCCCCGCUCUGAUAUUGAUACAUGAAGCAGCUAAGCCAACAACCUCACACAUCUCUAAAGCCCCUGCAUCUUCUUCUUCCCAGGAGACCGCCCCAGCGCUUGCAUCGACCCGAGCAGCAUUCAGCGCUGAGAGAACAUCUGCUCCGAUUUGGGGCGCAUCUGCUGCCACGGCUAUCUGUGCACGACCCUUUGGAACAGGUGUGAAAGCGAGAACAGUCCACGUUGGACUUACAACCUGCGACACAGAAACCCUGAUUGCAGAUUUGGCCAAGGUUGCAUUGAGAAUUGUCGUUGCAGAGAGGGGCGGCUAUUCUUUCCGGAGUAGAGUUGCUGAUAGCUUCGACAUCGGCAGUGUAGUCGCCACGAACGUCACGGCGCAGAGUAGUAAUCAGGCGGCCGGUUCUAUCUUCACAGUAGGGUGCGGUAACUUCGCGUCUGAUAUUUUGGGGGAGAGCAGUGGAAGCGACUACGCCGGCCAAAAUGAAAAUCGAUAG